AUGAUUGCUGCUGCAAAGUUGAUCGACCUCCUCCCUGCGCUUGCCCUUCUGGGUAUGGCCCUUACCGGUCUGGAGAAUGCUCCUACUGCUGCUCUCGCCGUCCCUCAAAGUCGAGAACACCACCGACACCUCGCUGCUCGACUCGCCGACAAUGUUGCCCAGCAAGACAAGAAGCGCUCUGCCGGCGCCAAGAGGACCCUCCGACGACGCUCGGACGGCACCAUCUGCAAGGCGAAGAACACUGAGUCUUCCACCUUUACAGACGUCUCGAGCACCGCCUCUGCCACUGCAUCGGCUACCGCCUCCGCUGCCGACUUGCAGGUUGCUGCCGUUGACACCGACUCGUCCUCUGUCGCCGAUGUCUCGUUCACCGACUCGGUCUCUUCUACCCAGGCGGCUUCCUCCACCGCUAGCUCCAACAGCGCCCAGUCCACCGAUGUCACUGGUAGCCUUGCCACCGUCGGCACUGGCAGUACCACCAAGUUUGGUCUUGCUUGGCCCAACGGUGACUGGGCUACGUCUACCAGCCCCGACUAUGUCGGCAACUAUGUUGGCACCAAGACCUCCUGGUACUACACCUGGUCUCCUUUCUCUGUCGGCUCUGCCGACCAGCUCAACGUAGAGUAUGUUCCCAUGUACUGGGGUGUCAAGCAGCAAAGCGAUUGGUGGGCUCAGCAGAGCAACUGGCCUUCCACCGUCAAGAAUGCUCUCUUCUUCAACGAGCCCAACCAGUCUGGCCAGUGUGACAUUUCCGCGGGUGACGCCGUCCAGUACUGGAUGAACGACUACCUUCCCCUUCGUUCUUCCAAGGGUGUCCGACUCGGUGGUGCCGCCACUACCAGCGCACCUUCAGGUCUCCAGUGGGUCCAAGACUUCAAGACCGCCUGUGUCCAGUACGGCAACUCUGAGGCCGACUGUACCUCCGACUUUGUGCCCAUUCACUGGUACGACGUCACCAUCGACGGCUUCAAGUCUUACGUCGAGAGCUUCCACGACGGUGUCGGCCAGAACCUCUGGGUCACCGAGUAUGCCUGCCAGAACUUUAACGGCGGUGCCCAGUGCACUGACCAAGAGAUCUGGAAUUUGCACACCGAGAUGGCUGCUUGGUUCGACCAGCAAGACUACAUCGAGCGAUACUCUCCCUUCGGUGUCAUGAAGGACAUGCAGGGUGUUGAGCAGUACAAUGCCCUCAUGAACCCCGACGGCAGUAUCACCUCUCUCGGUGCUUGGUACGCCGCCAACAGCUAA